AUGUCGCAGCCUGUCGACACACUCAAGCCCAAGCCUGAGGUUCCUGGUGCUGCUACAGCUUCAGGCCAAACCUCUACCCCUGAUGCCGACUACCUCUCGGCUGUCGAUGCUCAACAGUACGCAGGCAUGACAUCUCAGCCUACUUCGCCAGGCUAUCCCUACAGUAACCUGGCCCUGCCUCAGAGACUAGAGCGCUUCCAGCAUUCUAUCACCGCCCAGAAAGACAAGGUUCGUCGACAGCAGCAGAAGCUUAGGAUGUCUAGCAUCACCGCCAAAGAUAAAAUGGUCGAGGAGUGGAGACGCCGCGUCCCCACACCCGACGAGCAGCUGGAAAAGUACAAGAGACGCAUGCGGGAUAACGUCGACCGUCUCGGCAAGCGGUGGAACGACGCCAAAGCAGUCACGCUGCGUGAGAAGAUCUCCUUCAUCACCGGUGUGCUCAACAUCUUUAUCUCUGGCUACCUCAUAGGCGCCUAUCCCGAGUACUUCCACAUCUGGUAUACCGCCCAGCUGGCCUACUUCAUGCCCAUCCGCUACUACAAGUACCACAAGAUUGGCUACCACUACUUCCUCGCUGACUUGUGCUACUUUGUCAACCUUCUCAUGCUUCUGACAAUGUGGUUCUUCCCUAACAGCAAAAGAUUGUUCAUUAGCACCUACUGUCUAGCUAUGGGCAACAAUGCCGUCGCCAUUGCCAUGUGGAGAAACUCGCUGGUCUUCCAUUCCCUGGACAAGCUACAGAAGGAGAAGUUCCCCGCCAUCUACAGCAUCAAACACUCCUCUCCAUCUUCUCCUGAACACUACACUCUUGGCGGCAUGAUCAUCUGGGCCACUGUUCCUUAUGCCUGUUGGCAGCUGAGCUACCACUUCAUGAUCACUGUCAGAAGAAAGGACAAGAUUGCCGCUGCAUUUAUGUUGAUCCAGUACAUGUAUGCCCUCAUCACCAUGGUACCAUGCCCCCUGUGGUUUUGGUACCGCUGGGCCAGCGCAACUUUCCUCUUGGUUGUUUUCACCUGGGCAACUUAUAACGGCGCCACAUUCUAUAUCGACGUAUUUGGCCGCCGUAUGGAGAAAGAGUUCGAAGCCCUCAAGAAGGAAGUCGCAAAGUGGCAAGCUACCCCUGAAGGCAAGCCUAUUCUGGACGAGUCGGAUCCCGCUCUAAAAGCUGUAAAGGGCAUGUCUCUGGACUCACAAGAGCCCACUCAACAUCACUCGGAAAAUCACUGA